CGGAAAGAGAAUCGUCGGUGGUUGUUAACCGUAGGUUAAAAAAAUAAAAUUGAAGAGAAAGAGAAAUAGAAAAAGAAAAGAAUCGAAUUGUAAGCAUUGGCUUUGUAUAUAAGGCAUUAAUACGUAAGGAAGAGAGGUUUAUAUUCAUUUGUUUGUUGAAGAAGAACAAGAACAUAAAACAACACAAAAUUAAACUGAGAAAAUUGGUGGGUGGAGCCUUCUUUCUUUCAAUUUCAGAAAGGGGCUUCCAUUAUUCAUCAUCAAACCAUGGCAGAAUCUAAUCAUUCCUUUUCUCUUCAUAUGGAGGAGAAGAUCUAUCUUGGUGGAAAGGAGCAUCGUAUUCAAACUGGCUGUGGUUCUGUAUCUGUCAUAGUCUAUGGAGAUCACGACAAACCAGCUCUGAUCACGUAUCCAGAUUUAGCGCUAAAUUAUAUGUCAUGUUUCCAAGGAUUAUUUUUCUGUCCAGAGGCUGCUUCUUUGCUGCUUCAUAACUUCUGCAUAUAUCAUAUAAGUCCUCCUGGACACGAGUUAGGAGCUGCUUCUAUUUGUUCUGAUAAUUAUGUCCCUUCCGCUGAAGACUUGGCAGACCAAAUAGUCGAGGUCCUCAACUAUUUUGGGCUUGGUGCUGUGAUGUGUAUGGGAGUAACAGCUGGUGCUUAUAUCCUUACUCUUUUCGCAAUGAAAUAUAGGGAGCGCGUUGUAGGUUUAAUACUUGUAUCUCCGUUAUGCAAAGCACCUUCUUGGACUGAAUGGUUUUAUAACAAGGUUAUGUCAAAUUUGUUACAUUUCUACGGCAUGUGUGGUUUGCUAAAGGAGUGUUUACUUCAGCGGUACUUCAGCAAGGAUGUUCGCGGUAAUGUUGAAGUUCCAGAGUCAGAGAUAGUUCAAGCUUGUAGAACACUGCUGGAUGAGAGAAAGAAAACAAAUGUGUUGCGGUUUCUUCACGCAAUUAAUCAGAGACCUGAUAUUACAGAAGGACUGCCAAGAUUAAAAUGCCGUACGCUUAUAUUUGUUGGGGACAGUUCCCCGUUUCAUUCUGAGGCUCUCCACAUGACUUCAAAACUUGAUAGGAGAUUCAGUGCCUUGGUUGAGGUCCAAGCUUGCGGAUCAAUGGUGACAGAGGAACAGCCGCACGCAAUGCUGAUACCUAUGGAGUACUUUUUUAUGGGGUAUGGGUUGUAUAGACCAAGCCAUUUCAGUGACAGCCCGCGAAGCCCUCUUAGCCCAUCUUGCAUUUCUCCGGAGCUUCUUUCUCCCGAAAGCAUGGGCUUAAAACUAAAGCCCAUAAAGACCCGUGUUUCCCUCGAAGUUUGAUAUCAUAUCAGAAGAGAAAAUACUUUUGACUUUUGUAAUUGAAACCAUUUUUUUCCCUUUCAUUUCUUUCAAUUUUUUUAAUUGGUUUAAGAGAGAGGGAUAGAGAAAGAAAAGGAGGUAUGGUAGAGUUUGGAGGGGGGGUGUAGAUAAAGGGGAAUGAAUGGAAAGAAUACGUGAAAUAUAUACAUAUUAUGUAUUAAAAUAAUAAUAUAGGGAGGUGUUGAGUUGAGUUGCCUUGAUUCAUUUGUAGUGUGUCUUUGAAUAAAGGAAUCAUUGAGCUGUAUCUGUAAAUCAUAUUGGACUCUAGCUAUAUUUAUAUUUAUGGCCAUGAGCAAUCAUUGACCCCUUGAUAAGAUUUUUUUUAAUA